UUUAAUUCGUGUUAUCUUAAUUUCAAUUUUUGUUCAAUUUCUGUUCAAUGUGUUUAUCAUGGUUUCCGGAAACGAUUGUUUGCACGAUGAAACAGAAUCUUCAAAUAUAACAUCUUUGCAGACAGAUUCUAGUUGCAAAACUAAUACCAAUAUCAAUCAAUCUUCACAUGAAUCUGUCUGUCAAAAAGAUUCAUGUAAUAAUAAUUUUCAACAAUUUAAUUGUGGGUAAAUCAGGUAUAUAAUAAUUUAAAUAUAUAUAUAUAUAAUUUGGAUAUAAAUAUUAUAUUUAUUAAGUUAAAGACUGUAAAUGUCGAGAGAUACAUUCAAUUAUACAUGGAAUAUCUUCGGAAGAAAUCGAUCCUGUAGUAGUGGAAUCGUACAAUAAUGAUCUACUGAAAGAUAAAAAUUUGAUAGAUCAGACGCUAUGUCAAUGUCACGCUCGUAAGAUGUAAUACAAAUACUUCCAUUCUAUGUAACAAUUAUUAAUUGACUAUUUUUUUUAUUUUCUAGCAGAGCUUAUACUUUACCUGUGAAGUACAAGAAUGGUAAAAACUUCAAUAUUAUUUAAAUUAUUUUACACUAUCACUAAAUUAUUAUUAUUAUUAUUAUUAUUAUUUGGUUUUUGUUUCAUAUUUAAAAAUUUUAUAAAUUUUUAAUUUAUUUUAAUUAUGCUAUAAUUUUAAUUAUGAAAAUCCAAAUAGAUUACCGAUUUUCUUUUUAUAACUUUUAACUUAUAAUUUUAAUUUAAAGAUCUUUCAGAAGUACGAAGACCAUUUUGGUGCCCUUUUAAAUGGAAGUGGCCAAAAAGAGAAAUAGAAAGAAAAAAUAAAACAUACGAAGUGAAAUUAACACCAAAAAAAUGUCCUCAUUACACGGAGCCCAUUAUGUGUUGUGAAAUAAUGGAAGGGAUACCACAUAAAAAAAAAACUGUUCCUGAACUAGAGAAAGUAAAAACUCAUGAAGAGAAAAAAAAAAAAGAAGUAGUAACAGAGAAAAUUGACAUCUAUUACUUUGAUCAUGGGAACUCUGCAUAUUAUCGAACAACGGAUUCACCGCCCGUAUUAAUAACCGAAAAAUGUGCCGAAAGAACCGAUCAAGCAGCGAUUCGUUUUUGGGCCGAAAUAUUUGGGACUAUUCAUAUCGGCACUGCUUUCAUCACAGCAUUUAUUUUACAAUUAAUUCGAUUUAUACUUUAUAGUAUAAUCAGACCACUGACAGUGGGCAUUUUGCAAUUGUUUGCGGACUAUUUUAUAAAACCCCUAUUGUCAAUUGUGUUCAAUGCCCUCAUACAGCCUGUAUUGAUAUUGUUAUACAAUAUCGCAACAUCUUUCAAGGAUCUUUGUGAACCUAUCGCAGAAGCGAUAGGAUUGUUCUUACGAGAAAUCGCUCACGUGUGUGCGGCAAUUCGAAUCGUCGAAGUGAAACAGGGUACCGCUCCCUCGGUUGCUUGCACUUGAUGAUUGAAAUAGAAGAAGAGAGCAAUUCUGAAUGACGAAUAUGAAAUAUACUUUGUUUUAAGGGAAUAAGGUACAAAACUCAUAAUAUUUUGCGAUUCGUAAAAAAAUAGCACCAUGUAAGUGUUGACUUAAGUUACUUCAAAAUAACUGUUAUCCAAGUUAUUUUAACUUCACACCCCUACCUUGUACUAUACUCUGUUUUAUUGUUUAAGGUUCAAAAGGUGAAAGAAAAAACGAUUUAUUACAUCUAUGUGAUUGAUUCUAUCUUGAUUUUGAUUUUAUGAAAAAAAUUGAAGUAAAAACUGAAUUAUGAUUAAAUAGAGUGAAUCAGUUUUAACCCUUUAAGGUCUAAGUAUGUUAACUAAGUACAGGCCUUUAAUAGAUAUAGUUACUUAGAACAUCCACCACGAGGCCAUUUUUUAUAACAUAUUUAUUUCUCUGAAUAUAUAUACGAUAUUCAAAAUACUAAGUCUCAAAGGGUUAACAAAGAACUAAAUUCUUCUAUUCGAUAUACUUAUAAAAAAGAACUUAAUACAAAGUGUGCGUAUGAAAAGUAUCUUUCUUUUACUAAAUCACAAAUUUUAUCCGUUGUUCUUCUGUAGAUGAUGAUAAAUUAUCUCGAUCAUCAAUUUGAAAAGGCAUUGUCCCAGGAUAGAAUGAUGUGAACUGAAGAAAAAUUUGAAAAUAGCUCGGUAAUAGCUGUUCAAGUUUUAACGAAUAUAACACAUGCCUUAACACCAGAACAAAUUAUCCUCUUAUAGCAACUAACUUCGUCAAUAAUAAUCAAUAAUCAUCCUUCAUCUCUUUCGUAUAUCUUACUGUUUAAUAAAUUAUGUACAAUCUCACAAACAACAAACGGAGGAACCUAAUUACAUCAUGUAGUUGUUCACACUUCGCUAUGUACAG